CCUCCUCAUCACCACAUAUGCCCCAUGGUUAACAACUGGUAUAGAGAUGGAGAUACCCUUCAACAAAGUAAAAAAGACAAAAGAACCUCCUCCUCUCUCACUGCAGUUCCAACCCACAUGCCCAAGUUGCCAACAACGUCACACCUAACCCCUUCUCUCAUACUCUCUCUCCUCUCUCUAAAGAUUUCUCAAGAAUCCCAACAAUCUAAGCAACAAAAAAAUAAAGGUAACAAAAAAAAGAUGCCACUUCUAGCACAGUGCGUCCACCACCACUGGUUCUUUCUUUCCCUGUCUUUUUCCUCCAACCUCUCCCCACCCCUCUCCACUUUCCCAACACAUUUUCUAUCGCCCCAAACGACAGACAUACACUCACUCACUCCCUGCUUUGGAUUUCCCCCCACCCCUCUCUUGUCCCCCUCUCUCCUUUUGAUUCCUUUCUCUGCCAACUUUCGGUAAGAACUUCCAUACCCAUUUCCUCUCCUCUCUGAAUUCCCUUCAUUUUUAUGUAUUCUGUAAAACCCAGAUUUUUCUGUACAGAAAUCCCUAAAUUAGGUAUUGGGUUUUUUCUAAUUUGAAUUAUCCUUGCUUUUUUAACUUGUUAUUUACUUUGUUUCAUUAGGGUUUAUUGUUUUCGUGUCUAUAAUAAGCUUGAAAUCAAAACUUGUCAACUUUAAAAGGGUUUGUUUGGAUCUGAAAUGCCUGCGGAAGGUGCUACUUUGGCUGAUGAUGGGGUUGAAUACUCGUUUGCCAUGGAGUAUCAUGGCCCACCUAUAACCCAUGAUCUUCCCCGGGCUGUUCCCAUCAAUGUGUCAAGGAUUCCGGUAGCUUCUGUGGUUUCCCAGGUUCCGUUGUCGGAAAAUUUGUCGUUGCCGGUUGUCCAACCGAUCUUGACACCUGAUAUUACUAAAAAGUUCUCAAAAGAGUUAAAACUAGGUUGUGAAUCCACUGUUUCUCCCACAUCUGUGAUAGCCUUUGAGCGGGGAAAUGCGGUGGGUGGCGAUGAUUUGAAAGAAUUAGCAUCAAAAGAGUUAGCUUUAGGUUCUGAAACAAUUGUUUCUCCAACUUCUGUGAUUGUAUUAGAGGAGAGCGCUCCGAUUAGUGGCGAUUUUGCUUUGUCGGGCGAGUUAAGUAGCGUGAGUACUUUAGAUUUCCCAAAUGGCCAUAAGGACUCUGGAGAGUUUUCUGGUGUGAUUCAUUGCUCAGCUGGGCUGGGCUCUUCCUCGAUAAGUCAUGAGCAUUCACAUGAGUUGUUGGGAGCGGCAAGCUCAGGCACGUUGGGCUUUUCCGAUAGUUUUGAUAAAUCAAAGGAGCUAUCAGGUAGCUUAGCUGCACAGAGGGUUUCAAAUGGCUGCAAGGAUAGUUUAGAUUUCAAUGAUUUGAACCAACCGGAUUGGGCAUCAAGCGAGUCAGUGUUGAGCUUGGAUUACCCAUCUUCUCGGGUUUCUUCUCAUAGAAUCGGGGAUUGUAACAAUGAACCUGUUUGCGAUGCAAAACGGACUCCAGUUGUAACUUUUCGUGAUAUUGAGUCAGAUGACGGAGAUUUUGAUGAGGAAUCAAGUCAUUCUCAACCUGAAAUUGUGCGGGCAAAAAGAGAACCUGAGGUUAAGGUGAGAAAGGGGGCAUGCUAUCGAUGCUUUAGAGGAAACAGGUUCACUGAAAAGGAGGUCUGCAUUGUUUGUGAUGCAAAGUAUUGCAGUAAUUGUGUGCUCAGAGCAAUGGGGUCUAUGCCAGAAGGAAGAAAGUGUGUUACAUGCAUUGGAUGUCCUAUUGAUGAAUCAAAGCGAGUGAACUUGGGGAAAUGCUCUCGAAUGCUCAAGAGACUGCUUAAUGACUUGGAGAUUAGACAAAUAAUGAAGGCUGAGAAGUUGUGUGAGGUUAAUCAAUUGCCACCAGAGUAUGUUUUUGUGAAUGGUAAGCCUCUCUGUCAAGAGGAGCUGGCUACAUUGCAGAGUUGCCCAAACCCACCAAAGAAGCUGAAACCAGGACACUAUUGGUAUGAUAAAGUAUCUGGUCUUUGGGGAAAGGAAGGACAGAAGCCUGCCAAAAUUAUUAGCCCCCAUCUGAAUGUUGGGGGUCCCAUCAAGGUGGAUGCUAGCAAUGGAAACACACAAGUUUUUAUAAAUGGUCGGGAGAUCACAAAAGUAGAGCUACGGAUGUUACAGUUGGCAGGAGUCCAAUGUGCCGGCAACCCCCACUUUUGGGUGAAUGAGGAUGGUUCAUACCAGGAAGAGGGACAGAAAAAUACAAGAGGGUAUAUCUGGGGCAAGGCUGGAACAAAGCUGGUUUGUGCUGUAUUAUCUCUACCAGUUCCUUCUAAAUCUGCAAAUCUUUGUGAACAAGUGAAUAGUCUGGUUAGCCGAACUGUGCCUGAUUACCUUGAGCAGAGAACCCUUCAAAAAAUUAUUUUGAUUGGGUAUAAUGGAUCUGGUACGAGUACAAUAUUUAAGCAGGCGAAGAUCCUUUAUAAAGAUGUCCCUUUCUCAGAGGAUGAACGUGAAAACAUCAAAUUAGUGAUCCAGAGCAAUGUGUAUGGCUACCUUGGUAUACUUCUUGAGGGCCGUGAGCGUUUUGAAGAUGCAAGUUUGAAUGAAAUGAGGAAAAAUCAGUCUUGUGAUGAACCUGGUCCCUCAGGGAAUACUGAUGGUAAUGAUGGCAAAACUAUCUAUUCCAUUUGCCCAAGGUUGAAAGCAUUCUCCGAUUGGCUUCUCAAAAUUAUGGUAUCAGGUAAUUUGGAAGCCAUUUUCCCAGCUGCUUCUCGGGAAUAUGCACCAUUAGUUGAGGAGUUGUGGAACAAUGCAGCCAUUCAGGCAACGUACAAGCGGAGAAGUGAACUAGAACUACUACCUAGUGUUGCUAGUUAUUUCUUAGAGCGGGCAGUUGAUAUAUUGAGACAAGACUACGAACCUUCGGAUGUAGACAUCCUAUAUGCCGAGGGUGUUACUUCAUCCAAUGGGCUUGCUUGUUUGGACUUCUCAUUUCCCCAUUCAGCACCUGACAUCGACAUGGACACUGCUGAUCAGCAUGAUUCUCUGCUCAGAUACCAAUUAAUCAGACUACAAGCAAGAGGCUUUGGAGAAAAUUGCAAGUGGUUAGAAAUGUUUGAAGAUGUUCGAAUUGUCAUUUUCUGUGUUGCCUUGAGUGAUUAUGACCAGUACGCUAUUGACGGAGAUGGGGCUUUGGUGAACAAGAUGUUACUGAGCAAGAAGUUCUUCGAAAACAUUGUUACUCACCCAACCUUCGAUCAGAUGGACUUCCUUCUGAUACUUAACAAAUUUGACAUGUUCGAGGAGAAGAUAGAACGGGUUCCUCUGACGCAGUGUGAUUGGUUCGAUGAUUUUCAUCCAGUGAUGAGCCGUUAUCGCUCCAACAGCAACAGUAACAGCAACAGCAACAACAUCAACAACAGCCCUUCCCUUGGCCACCUGGCUUUCCAUUAUAUUGCAGUUAAGUUCAAGAGGCUUUAUUCGUCUCUCACUGAUCGAAAAUUGUAUGUUUCUAUGGUAAAGGGUUUGGAGCCUGACAGUGUUGAUGGAGCUCUUAAAUAUGCACGGGAGAUUCUGAAGUGGGAUGAAGAGAGACCCAACUUCAGUUUGAGUGAGUACUCAGUUUAUAGCACGGAGGCAAGCUCUUUUUCUCAUUGAUGAUGACAGAAAUCAGAGAAGGCUUGUAAAUGGACUUUAUUGCCGGUGUAUAUAAAAGGGUUAUGUAUAUGAGCCAGAGAAGAGGUUAAAAUAUAACAGCACAAGUCCUUGUUUGUUUGUUGCAUGAGCUAUUGCAGUAGCAGGAUUAUCAAGAACAGGUCGGUGAAAUGCUGUUGCAGUUGUAGGAUUAUCAAGAACAGGUCCGUGAAAUGAUCUUUUGUACCUUUGCGUAUUGUUGAGCAAUGCCAGAUUUUUUGUUAUCUGCUCGGUGUAACUUGUGUAGUAGUGAUGUGAUGUUGGGAUUCAAUUCAACAAUAUUCAAUUGAGAUAUAAGAUGUACUUCUGGCCUUGUAGGUCCGGUAGUACCCAAUUUGUCUCUCUCGAGAUUGAUGUUAGUGUUCAAGUUCUCUAAAAAUCAUUUUGUCUAGGAUGAAAAUGCAGGUGAUUUUUGUGAGUAUUGCUAUCUUGUGUGUAGAUUUCAGUUUUAUGGAAGAUGAUUUGAUAAUGGAGAGGCUGACACAAUAUGCUUGUUUUUGUUUCGUGGGGUGAUUCAACUCAAAAGACUUCUUAUUCAACUUUAGAUACAACAAGCGUUUGAA